AUGCAGUCCUUCUGGGCUAACGCUAAAGAUGUGGCGCGCACGGUGUCUGGACAGCUCGACCAGACAUUUGAAGCAGCGCUCACAGGCAGCAGCAGCAACAGCAGCAGCAGCAGCGGCAGCAGCAGCAGCAGCAGCAGCAACGGUAGCAGAAACAAGACUCUCGGGAGAAGCAACAGCAACGGGGGAGCUGAACCUAGCAGCAGCAGCAGCAAUGGUGAAAGCAGCAACAGCAGCAAUUGGAUUGCUGCUGAUGUACUGCUGCAGCACGGGCAGUCUUCUGCUGCUGCUGCGCUUGAAGGGAUAAACCGGCUGUGGGGCAGGGCAGCAGCAGCAGCAGCAGCAGCACCUGCUGCGCUCUCUCCACUCUCAGCUGCAGCAGCGCAGCGCAACCCUCUCGCUGCUGCUCCGUGGAAGCAGCGGCAGCAGCAGCAGCAGCAGCAGCAGCAGCAGCAAGAUAUCGAUCAAGAUGGAGACACAGACGACGAAGAGAUGUCCCUGCAGGCUUUCUUAGAGGCGCAGAAGCAGCGGCAGCAGAUGCUGCAGCAGCUGCAGCAGCAGCUGCAGCAGGAGGAAGAACAGCUGCAGCAGCAAAAAGAGCGUCGGCAAUCAACCUCCGCUUCGCCCGCAAGGCCUGUUGCUGCUGCUGCUGCUGCUGCUGCUGCAACAACUGCAGCUGCAGCAACACCUGCAGCAACAGCAGAAGAAGAAACGGCCGCGGAGCAUGUAGACUCUAUACAUCCUCUGUCGCAGCAGCAGAAACAGCAACAACAACAGCAGCAGCAGCAGCAGCAGCAGCAACCGCAACAGCAGCAGCAGCCGCAGAGGCAGCAGUCUUGGGAUCCUCUCGGCGCUGCUGUUGUGAAGCAGCAGCAGCAGCACAGCAGCACUGCAGCGCAGCAUUUCAAAGACACAGCAGCAGCAGCAGCAGCUGGUGAGGGUGCUAGCAAAAGGGAGAGUCGGUUGCUGCAGCAGCAGCAAGACACAAACAGUGGAGUAGAAGCAAUGAGCCCUGCAGCAGCUCGAAGUGCAGCAACAGCAACAGCAGCAGCAGCAGCAGCAACAGAAGCGGCAGCAGCAGAAGCACCAGCAGCAGUAACGGAUGCAGCAGAAGCAGCAGCAGCAGAAAAAGCAGCAGAAGAAGCAGCAGCACCACAGGCUGCACCAGAAGAAGCAGCUGCAGAGGCAGCAGCAGCAGCAGCAGCAGUAGAAGGAGCAGGAGCAGCAGCAGCAGCAGAUGAAGCAGCAGCAGCUAGAGAUGCAGCAGAAACUAUAUCUUCGGGCUCUAUUCCCAUAGUAGACAUCACGCAGUCUCCCCCCGCAGCCAAACCCUCAGCAGCAGCAGCAACAGCAGCAGCAGCAGCAGCAACAGCAACAGCAGCAGAUGCUGAGACUGCUUCCCCAGCAGCUGCUCCCUCUCCUGGAGCAGCAGCGACGUAUCUGGAGCGGACAGAUGCAACAGCAGCAGCAGCAGCAGCAUCCCCUGAGGCUAUGGCUGGAGGUUCGUCACCAACUAGAAACACAAACAGCAACAGCAGCAGCAGCAACAGCAGCAGCAGCAGCAAGGAGGAGCAGUCAGCUGCGUUUUCUCCUGAGGUAGGCUCUCUGCUGGAAGCAGAGGCAGCAGGUGCUGUGGUUGCUGCAGCAGCAGAACCACCGGCACCCGAAUUAGCAGCAGUUGCAGCAGCAGCAGCAACUGCUGCUGCUGCUGCUGCUGAGUGUGCUGCAGCGCCGGCUUCAGCUGCACUGGACGCAGCAGCAGAAGCAGCAGAAACACCAUCAAGAGGAACAACAGCAGCAGCAGCAGCAGCAGCAGAACCUUCAGCAGCAGCAGCGACGGAAGAAGCAGCAGCUUCUGACUUCAAGGCAUCCUGUGCUGCUGCUGGAGUUGAUGAUUUGCUGUUGCAGCCCUGUACGGUGUUGCAGCCUACGAAACAGCAGCAGCAGCAGCAGAAGCAGCAGCAGCAGAAGCAGCAGCAGCAGGGGUUGGAAGACCUUAUAUCUGCUGGCGAGUUUGCUGCGGAGACUUCUCCUGCAGCAGCAGUGCAUGCAGAGGCAGCAGCAGAGGCAGCAGCAGCAGCAGCAGCAGGGAUAGAAGGGGAAGCUGCAGCUGCAGCAGCAAAGCGGAGUGCUGCAGAAGCAGACGAAGCAGCAGCAGAGACAAUCCACACAGCAACAGAAACAACAGCAGCAGCAACAGCAGCAGCAACAGCAGCAGUUGCAGCAGAAGAGUUUGAUUUGCUAGACGAAGCAGCAGCAGCUGCAGGCUCACCCGCAGCAGCAUCGCCGGCCUCAACGAGAACAGCAGUAACAGCAGCAGCAGCAGAAACACAUCCGGCAGCAGUUGCUGCUGCUGCAGCCCCAGCAGAAGCGACAGCAGAAGAACGAAGAGCUGACCCUGGUGCAGCAAGAGACACGCCGCAGCAAAAUAUCACAGCAGCAGCAGCAGCAGCAGCAGAAGACACGAAGGCAACAAGGCCUGACGAUCCUGUUGCUGCAGAACCUCAACAGGAGCAGCAGCAAAAUCAGCAGCAGCAGCUGCGGCAGCAGCAGCAGCAGGAGCUUAUAGAGAGUAGCGGCAGACUGCAGGAGGCAUCAGUGCAGCAACAAAAUCAGCAGCAGCAGCAGCAGCAGUCAACGGAACCGCAGCACCACCCGCAGAAGGCAGCAGACGUCCUGCUGCUGAAGAAGGAGCAGCAGCAGCACCAGCAGCUGCAGCAGCAGCAGCAGCAAGAGGGGACACUGCUGCAGGAGUUUGCUGCACCGCAGCAGCAGCAGGCUGUCCCGCCUCCUCCUCCUCCUGCGACUCCCCCACCUGCAGCAGCAGCAGCAACAGCAGCAGCAGCAGCAACAGCAGCAGCAGCAGCAGCAGAGAGUGACGAGAACAGCCUGAAGCAGCAGCCACUGGGGCUUCAAGGCACUGAGGCUCGGCUGCUGCAGCAGCUGCAGCAAUCGCAGGAGAAGCUGCGACAGCAGCAAGACCAGCUGGAGUUGCAGCAGCAACAGCUGCAACAGCAGCAGCUGCUGCUGCAGCAGCGGGAGCAGCAGCUGCAUCACAAAUCGGAGCAGCUGUCUAUACUCCUCGACCCGCAGAGAAACCCUGAUGAAGAGCUGCAGCAGCUGCGCCAACAGGCAACAUAA